ACCUCUCCCACCAUUUGCGUUGCCCCUUCGUUUUCUACGAGUGGUGGGGGCUGCAUGAUCCCACCAGACCUCCGCCCUGGAUCUUCUAAAUCCAAGCAACCUCCACACCACCUAACUGUUUUGCUAGUUCUUAGCUGGACCGGGACUGCCAUGUAGUGCUAUUCUAAUGCCAUAGUGCCGCAUGCUCUCUCUCUCUCUCGGAUCCCUGCACUCCUUUGAUGAUUUCCCCAGCCCAGCUUUCGGCAUCAAGAUCCAAGAAAGAUCAGGAGCAAAAGUUUUGGGCAGCAAUCAUUAGUAGCUCCCUGCAUUGCAGAGAUUCUAUUCUUGGCUGCUGUCCCACUCCUUCAAUUCUCUUCUUGGCUGCUGUCUCACUCCUUCAGUCCCCCUCCUUCUUCAUAGCUGUUCUUGCUCUGGCAUUGGGUCAAGUUGAGGAACAGCCUCAAGAAGCAGUAGAUUCUUCUCAAGAGGUUGUAUUGAAAAGGGAGAUUAAGGGGCCAGAGGAUCUCUAGAUGCAGUAAUUUUACGCAAGCAGGUGCCUUUUUUCAGUUCCAUUGGGAGGAAAAAGCAGAUGAAGCUGUGCAUAGGCAGGCUGAGAUGCUUCUUCUCUGAUCACCUUGUCUGAAGAAGAACAGCUCUUGUUUCCAUUGCAUGGAGGAGGCCAUGGGGGGUCAAGUGAUGGUGCCAUUGGAGAGCUUGAGCUUGGAGCUCCCAAAUGGGGAAAUUGUAGUGGGCUACGACAAGGACAUUUCUGCUCUGCAAGAUGAGAUUUCAGCUCUGCGAUCAAGGCAGCGACUUCUUGAUCGGAGAAGGCGAGAGGCACUGGACAAGCUCAUAGACCUGAAAGGAAGUAUCAGGGCGUUCUGCCGGGUACGACCAUUGAUCUCAACGAACAACUUCAAGACGAAAUCAACGGUUUCCAUUGAACAAGAGAAGAUCACAGUCCAACAUGUGGGGAUCAAGAAAGAGUUCAGUGUUGAUAGAGUUUUUGACCAGGAUUCAACACAAGAGGAUGUUUUCCUAGAAGUAAAACCCAUCCUCAGAUCUGCACUUGACGGGCACAAUGUCUGCAUUCUCGCUUAUGGCCAGACCGGGACAGGAAAAACCUACACAAUGGAAGGAACUGAUGGUAAGCUCGGUAUUGUGCCUCGAGCUAUUCAAGAACUGUUCUCUCAUGCUUCAGAAGACAGUUCAUCCACAUAUUCUUUCUCCAUAAGCAUGCUUGAGGUGUACUUGGGGAGUCUCAGGGACUUAUUGGCACCAAGGCAGCCUCUCUUCAGGCCCACAGAAUGCAGCACACCAUGUAAUCUCAGCAUACUAGCAACAAAAAGUGGUGCUGUGGAAGUUGACGGGCUGACCGAUGUCUCAAUACCAGACCUUAAGAAAGCCAACCAGUGGUACUGCAGAGGACGGAGAGCCCGAUCUACAUCUUGGACAAAUGUCAAUGAUGUCUCAAGCCGAUCACACUGCUUGACAAGGAUUACCAUAAGGAGACAUGGAGUCACUGAAGAAGUCAGCAAGCUCUGGCUCAUCGAUCUUGGUGGCAGUGAGCGGUUGCUGAAGACUGGGGCAUCUGGGUUAACAAUGGACGAGGGCAAGGCCAUAAACCUCUCCCUAUCAGCAUUUGGAGACGUCAUCGCUGCACUUAGGCGAAAGAGAAGUCAUGUUCCUUACAGAAACAGCAAACUUACCCAGAUUCUCAGUGAUUCGCUUGGCGAUGGUUCAAAGGUUCUCAUGGUGGUGCACAUCAGCCCAUCAGAGGAUGAUGUUAGUGACACAGUCUGUUCCCUGAGCUUUGCAAAACGAGCCAGGUCAAUCGAAUCAAACAGAGACAUUUCAGAAGGUCUGAAAAUGCUGAAGCAGAAGCGACUCGCAGAGCUUGACAAGGAAAUAUGUGAUGCCGAGGAAGAGCUCAAGUUUCUGAAUGAGCAAAUAAGGAGAGCUGAGAUCUCGCUUGAAGAGAAGAAGAAGAAGCUGUCGUCAUCUGCUUGUCAGGCUCUCAGUGACGAGAAGGGAUCACCGAGAAGCACUCUAGUGGUAGGCCACAUUGAUGCCAUAGAGAGCCCACAGGCAACCGAGAAGGCAAAGAGCAGGGUGUCUCAUGGCUCAGCACCUCAUUUCAUGUCCUCGACAGUGUGCAGCCGGCAAAGACAUAGCGCGGGAAGCCAUUCUGUCAGUAAGCCGAGGUUGACUAAAUCUGUAAGCAGGAAUCCGGGUGAGAUCAGUGGGAGCCAGUCAUUCAGCUACUCCAGCUGCAAGAACGCAGCCAAGGCUAGGUCGGUGGCAUUCUCAUCCAGUGUGCCUAAGUUGAAGUGCUUGCCAGUCAAGUCUGAUCAGAUCAACAUAAGCAACAACAGCAUCGACUCGACUGCGGCAUCAGCACCGCGGCGGAGGGAAAGCUCCGGCUCCCGGCAGGUUCAAAGAGCCCCCCUACAUCAGCACAGGAGAAGGAUGUCUAGCCUAACCUAAACCUUACAUAAAUACUGAUCAUACAGUUCUGAUUUUAACUUGUUGAUUUAGCGGUGAAAUGUUUCUGAAAGUUAUUGUGGGUGUUGGAUGUUAUGUUUGUCAACUUCAUAGUGCUUGACUGCUGUAACUAUUGGAGGCCCUUCCUUUGCUGUUUUUGGUUUGAAAUGGAAGGGCAAAAGGGUGUGAGGUAUAUGGUAGAUGGAAAUGGGAUUGUAAUUGGAUUUA